GGUGGUGGGGAAGGAGGUGUGGAGCUCUGACUGAGAACUAGUCACAGGAACCUGCAGCUGCUUGCUUAGGGGCUGUUUGGGUCAGCAAAGUAAUGUGCCAAGGAUGGUGAGAGUGGGGUUGGUUGAGGAGAGACAACUUGAAUUGGUGAUGUGCUUGGGUCUGAUUGUGAGCUUGGGGAGGAUGAGAGAGCUGGGGCUAACAGGGAAACAGAAACAGCAGGAAUGAGCUCAGGAGGAGAAAGGGAAAUUUAGCCAGCAGACAAAUGAGGAGGUAAUUUACCUAAGGAGCAUGUGGGGAUAGUAGGGUUGGACUCUGGGUGGGACCUGAAAUGCUGGCUGAGAUUGCACACCCUGUCUGCCAGCAAGUGGCAAUGAGAGCGAUGCGUCAGGAAUGGCAAAUCAAGAAUAUGUUGGGAUCAGGAUGAAGGAAUGGGAAGGAAGGAAUGGGGCAAAGGAUAAACAGAAGAUGAGAAAUAAGAAGGAAUAGUGAAGAAACCCAGCAGCUGUUUUUGCAUGUUUGGUUUCGCAGCACUGCUACUUUCAUGUGGCUUUUUCCAUGUAGUGUUUCAGUAGAGCUGACAUACUGGUUUGAAUGUCUGCACGCUGAUUCCUGUGGUUGCAUUUUGCAUCUGUACUCGCUGUGGAGGAAUACCUGAGAGAGCUGAAACCAGAACCGGGUGCACUGCUGGUUUUCAUCCACUUCUGUGCAGAAAGCUCUGAGGAAUUGUCGAGCAAAUUGGUUUAUAAUACUUUCAGAUAAUAUUUUUCACUCUGCAUGAUGUUUUCCUCUUAGGCAGAAAAUUCUGCUUGCAUGCACUUACGCUGUAUUUACAAAAAGAAAGCAUGAUUGACACACAGCAGUGAGUGAAUGCAUGUGUGUUUUCGCAGACAAAAGCGAAAUGAGGCAGGGAAAUAUUUCUUGCCCUCCUGAGGACUGCUGAUCUCUCAAAUGUGGGGGCUUAUAGGAGUGGCAUUCAUUAAGAAUGCGUAACAGAUUUUGGUGAAGGAAAAGGAAAACUGGCGGUGGACAAAGUGACUGGUGAUGGAGUGCUGCACAAAUGCCUUUUCACCUCCCUGCUGCCUCCUCAGUGUAACAGUCGGAGAUAUUCUGCCCGUGUGCUGUCACAGGAAAGGCAUAACAAGAGGGGUGAGGGCAGAGAUUUGUGUGCUGGCCAGGAGCCUCUAUUUCCUUACAACUCCAACGUGUGAAACAUCCAUUUCUCACAGCGGAUGCUUUCUGACAUAUGUUCUUAACACGGGAACGUUGCAAAGCUGUGUAGCAAAGCUUUACUUCAGUUUUUCAUAUGCAAAAGAAAAAAAAAAAAAAACAAAACACCAAAAAACCACCAACCAACCCUUAUUUCAGCAGUGUAUGUAUGGGCUAGCUGUUUCAGUGCUAGUUUCAUGCCAGCAGCUGAUCAUAAAGGCUAUGGAGGGUUCUGUUGGAGGACAGUCACCGAGGCACAGGCAGCUGGUGUGUGCUUUACCUGAACACCAAAACUGUGUGCUGGGCAAACACACCGGCCUGCCCUUUAGGUAGUGAGAAUGUGUAUCACAUGAUACGUGUGACUCGGCUCCUAUUUAAAUCAGUGCCCUGGGGAUUUACAGCCUUAUUUUUGGAAUGGGGGGUAUAGGGUUGAAACCUAGCUAUUUAAAGACAAAAUAAUGCUUCUGUGGCUGUGUGCAGCCUUCUGAGACGUGGUGAAGCAGCCCAGCAAACAAGCCUGGAAGCAUGCAUCCAUUGCUGGUGCAGCACUGAGUGCCUCUGCACCUCCUCUUCUGCAUGACUGCGGGCUGUUCCCCUUUUCCCACUGUAGCUUCUGCUCUGAUCCUCAUCUGCGUCAUCCUAAUACCAGUGUUAUAUAUGAAAUUGUUGAAAGCUCCUUUUCCAGAGCUUCAGCAUGACUGGCAUGAAAUUAUCUUGAAAUAGCAAAGCUGUAAUUAUUAUAAGGAGAGCGUUUUUGCAGAAAUGUGCUGUUGUGAAAUGCAUACACCUAAUUUAGGGAAUUUUGGAGGCUGGAUUGUUGAUGCUCUUUGAAAAUACUCAGUCUGGAAUAGCAAGCUUGUGUAUAAUAGUGCCGACCUUUGGUGGUUGUGGGAGUGUAUUGAAUUGUUGCAGCCAACAAAACCCUUUUCCAGGCUGAACAAUACAAAUAUGUUUCUCCUGGUUAUUAGCAGCUAUUUGAAACACUUGAUGGUCGGGAACAACUUGUGUGAAUGCAGUGCACAAUUCUGACAAGGUCAGCAGACUUUUCCUUUAUACACAUGGGAACCAUGCGUAAUGUAUAGAUGUUCACGUUGACUUAAGCAUCAGAUCUGUUGUGCUUGGUAUAGUUAUCUUGUGGUUUGUUUGUGGGUUAACCUCUAGGAACAAAACAAACCUGGAAUAUUGAUGGGGCAGUGAAGAGCUACAACCCCUCCUGCUCCAAGAGCCGAGCGUUUUGGUUCUUGUUUGUAUUUCAAGUGUCAAAAGAGUGGAAAUUCAGAAGGCUACUUUAAAAAGGAAUUUUUCUUUCUUCAGAACACAUUGGAGCAUGCAGUGUUUGGAAGCUGCUGGCCAGCGGAGCAAUAUUGAUUUCCCUCUGGGGGCAAGGCGUUCAUCCAACCUUCCCAGCAGGGGGUGAGAUUGAUUCCUUAAUCAGAAUAGCAACAAUCCAUUCUGAAGCUUCCUCAAGGUAUUAGGGCUAAAUUAAACAGUCUGGGACUCAUGUGUAAGCCCUAAUGCACUUCGAGAAGCUUUCUGGGAUAAGGAGAGUUUUGAAAAUAAUCAGAAAAUGAACCCAAAACAAAAAAGCCGCAGGCACAAAUCACCCUUAAAGAAGAGAACUAAUACGUUUCCUUUGUGCGGUGCUGUGCUUAAUGCUCAGAUUCUCUUAGGGAAGAAAAGGGAAAAAAUACAUGAACUACAUAGCUCUAUUCAUUGUCUCCUUUUUGUAUGCCGUUCCAUAGUCCUUCCAAAAAUAGAUAUGGUCACAAACACAUCUUAAAUUAAUAGCAUUAAGCAUCUUAAAGCAAGGAAAUACUGUGCUGGGGAUUUCUUUCUUUGCUUAUUUUUCAACAGUUGCUACUUAGAAUAUGGGCUCCAAUCUAUAUUGUCUUAAUUUUGCAGCAUUUAAAGAUGAUGUUUACUUGUGUGCAUUUACAGAGUCUACAAUUACACGAGUCUCUUGAGGAUAAAAAUGUCACGAGUGCAUUCAGCUUUUCUGGAAAUGCUGUCAUUAGCUUGGAGGAGGAAUGAAAUAGUAUGACUGAGUUUUAUUCUGUAUAUUAAGUGUUCGUAAGUAAGAAUUAACUAUAAUGCGUGAGUAACCUUGUUGAAUGAACAAACUAAUAAUUAUGAAUGUCAUUUCUAUACAUGAGAACUCAAACAACAAUAAAGGGAGGGGGGUGGGAGUAGACCACAUGUCAUUUCUUCUGUCUUCCUUUUUUCUUACUGACUUUGUCUCAUUCUGCCUCAGUCUGCACACCAAAUUAGGUAAACAGUAAUUUUCCAUCCUACAGCACAUUGAGAUCCUUUCCAUAAAAGAACAAAUGCAUCCAGAGGUGCUGAGGGCUUGACAAAGGUUUCAGUAUUUUCAGUGACUUUGUGGAUCCUGCCUGUGAAUACAGCAGGAAGCUCUCACUGGAAGUUGGCAUAUGCUCUUUUCUUACAGACAUGUAUUGGUCUUCCAUUGAGCUGAAGGUUUGGAGAUGGUCUAUGAAAGUAUUUUACCAUAACAUCAACUUCUUUGGUCCUACUGGUUCAAGGCCUGACAGGUUGUAUUUGGCAGCCAGUACUCCAUGAUUUGGGUUUAAACACUGAGAUUUGUGGGAAAACGAACACUUAGCUCUGUUUCUUGGCUGUGUGCAGUAACAGUUUCAGGUGAAGCAGAGCUGUAGCUUCCAAAGAAGUGGAAGGUGGUGUCUGAAUGGGCUCCUUGCCCUCCCAGUGGGAGGGGAUGUUCUUCUCAAAUUGUGAGAAGAUCCCUUUCUUUCCAUCAUUCUCUCUGUACGUAGGUAAGCGUGGAUUUGUUGUCUUCCUCUCCCCCACCAUCCGUGCAUCAGUCUGGUUCAGAGGCCAAGCUUUCCUUCCCUGCUUGGCAGAUGAAACAUCUAAUGGAUUCAAGUCAAUAUCCUCCCGUGUUUUUUAGAUGAUUCAACUGUUCAUCAAGCAAAUGGCCUAUCUGUGUUACAAAAUAGGUGGAGAAUCAUGGGACGUUCAGGGAAUUGUGCCCAGAAGCUCCAGUUGCUCUAAUCUAUGCAGGGAAAGGUAGGGCAGGAAGUUCCUGUUGUUCUUCUGCAGCCAAGGGUGUUUCUUCUGUGUUCUUGUGCUUUUCAGUUCAACAGACAAAAUGGCUUUGAAAGGUAGGGGAUGAAAGCUGAAGUAAGGAAAGCAUACCUAUGAGGAUUUCCUUCAGCCCAGACAGAGAAGUUAUUCCUGUAACUUCAAUUACCUGAGCACAGAUAGGAGCUAAAUGCCUGGCCUUUUUAUUUAUGCACCCAUUGUCUGUUUGCAUUAUUGGUCAUUGUCUUUUUUUUUGGGGAGGUUAAUAAGAAAUGCAGAUCAUCAUGCUUGGCUUAGUAUCGCUGACUCUGUUCUCUGAACAUCUGUCACUGUUUGCAUCAGUGCUUGUGCAAGGCAGGCAAUGUUCAGAACCUCAGGUCUCGUUUCAGACAUGUUUCUCUAAAGCAUUUUUGUCUCUAGCAUCCCCUUUACAACUGUUCUCCAGUUCUGUGUGCAGCUGUGUUACAUUUCAGUCUCGAGCUCUGGUAAAGUAGAUUCUCUCUUUUCUGAUGUUCUGAAGCAGUACCAGUUGUUCUCUUCCUAUCUCAUUAUGUUCUGUUGUCUCCCUGUGCAUCUUGCUUUCUGUGAGUAGAUUGUUUCUUCCGAUAGGUGCUAUUUUUUCUGUGUCUCCUGCAUUACUCAUAAGAUUAACUCAAGUCACCGUGUACUUCAGAAUUUGGGAGGUAUAUUUCCAGGAAUGUUGACAAAAGUGUAGAGUGAUAACUUUGCAGGUUUGCAAGUCAGGGUCAUGAAGUGGCAUGCUUAGCAAAGGAAGGCAUCUUGGAGGUGAAUGGAACACACCAACUGUCACAGAAGUUGAAAUAAUUUACUUUAAAUAAGACCCAAAAGCACUGGAAGGAGACUUGCUGAUCCAAAGUUGCUACCAGGUGCUGUAGGAUCACUUUGGGGAGACUUAUGCAGGAACUGCUGAUGUCCUGGUUUGAGUGCAUCCUUCUAACAGAACUUACUUUCCUGUGAAAAAGAAGUCACAAACGCACACCCGUUGUAUCGCUGUCAUCUGCUGCCUUCUGUUGGAAUGAGUGAUUGCUUAAAGUGCUGUGCUGCUCCAGAAGUCCCACUUAGUUUAAUGAACAUGGGAGCUGAUGUCGUAGUCGUUGUGACUGGAGAUCCCAUCCCUGCCGUGCAAUCCAAGCAUCUGUGGGCCCUGCCUUGCAGGUGUGUGAUGUGCACUAAAGGUGAGCAGGUUGGAAGGGUGCAGUGCAUGGCAUGGAAGGACGUGGAGCUGGCAUACAGGUCUGCAGCCUGUCCCACCUUCUGACUCCCUGUCUGGGGAGCAAAGAAUCAUUUCUCCUGCACCUACUUUUGUUAAGGGAGGUUUCUUUUGUUUUCACAUUGUAAAAUAGCUGCUGUUCUGAGAUAAAAAUUAAAGCUAGUUCUUUUUAUUGUGUCUUGUAUUGAAAAUCGUUACGGUAUGCUGAUAGAUACCCAGCAUAGAUUAUCUUUGCUGGAAUGGCUGUGUUCACUGAAUGCUCAAAAAAAAUCUGUGUCUCAGCCGUGCUUCAAAGAAUUAUUUUUCCAAUAGGCUAAUUAAUUGCCUUCAAAUAAAUAGUCAUUAAAAAAUAAAAAAAAGAAAUAGAGCUACAUCAAUAUUUAAUGGCAUCUGCUUGAAAUUCUCCUAGUCUAGGCUUGUGAAGUUGAGUGUGGGUGUUAUUCACACAUCACUGUUAAAAAGAACAGAAUUUGUUUUCUUUUCUUUUAUGGAGCUAAUUAUUCCUUAAAGAAAUAAUUGAGAUGCCUAAAUGGCUGUGCUCUUAAACAAUGGGCACCAGGAAACAGCUUCAUCCCUCUUUGUAGGCAGUUAUGCUGUAAGCCCACAUGUGGACGUCACCAGAAAGCUGGUUUGUGUCCUGCACGGCUGUAAGACUUGUGUACGACUUGUAUGGUUUUUGCCCCACUUUGAAAUGAAGCAGACAGUUCAUUUCCUCCCACAACAGGGGCAGAAAAGAGCAGUGCUGUGCUCGCCAUCCUUCUGGGCGCUCCGCAGUUUGUUAUUGCUAUGACAGGACAGCCCAGCUAGCACGUUAUAAUGUAAGCAUUCCCUCUGUUUGUUUUUUUGUUGUGGUAGACUUGUACUUGAUCUUCCAAGAACAUCAGAAGAGUGGAAGCAGGAUGAUGUGAUGGUGUGCUUCUAUUGACAGAACUUCCCUACGUGUGCACAGCGUGCCUUUGUGUGACGUGACCUCAGUAAAGCACUUUAUUAAGGACUACUCCUGUAAAACAUGCUGUGCUGUAAUAGUGGCACUUGGCAGCUUUCUGUUACUUCAAUCAUGACAAUUUUAAUAACGUUGGUCUGCAGUUUGCGUUAAUCAUUUAACUAAUAACAUCACCGUUAUGUGGGGGUCUCUGUGUUUGUGACAGAAUGCUUUCCAUCGUUGUCUCAGUGAUCAGCCCCAAGCACUGCAAGCUGCUGUGUGCUGGAAAAAACUGUAGCACUCUUUCAGAAAAUAUCUUUGGCACCUCAGAUUUGUCAGCCUGCUAACACAUUCAGAACACAGGACAAGCAGCUUAAGAUCUGAAUGAGAUUGUUCACCAAAUGAAUUGGUGCAGCAUAUUAAUUUGCUAGCACUUCUAAAUGCCUUCAGUGUUACAAGAGUCUGCAGUGUCACUAAAAUACCAGGAGCUUUGUUGGUUCUAAACUACUUAAAGAGAGUUUUACAUUCUUUUCUGCCUGCUGUAGCCUUACCAGCUUUAAAAAGAAUGUCAAGAUCUGUAUUUGAAAAAUGUUUUGCAUUCUGAGCUUAGCAAAGUUAGUAAGAACCUUUUCCUGGUGGUGUUAAUGGCCUAGGAGUUUCAUUCUGCUCUGAUUUAGCUCCUUAUUAUACGAGGCUCAUAUUAAUGCUUUUAUGUAAAUGGCCACGGAUAUAUUUAUUGCAUUGUUUAAUAAGCAUUAAAUCUCAGUAGGUGGUUUUAGGAUUGAUGCAGAAAAAGCAGUUGUCUUUACGCCUAGGUGAUAAUGAGCUGGGUCAGUCAGCCUGGUGUUCUGAUGGGUACUUUCCAUUGUGCCAUUUGAGGUUCCUGAGUUGGUAUUUAGUGCUGGAGUGGAACUGGUAGGAAGCUGAACUGUUAUCUCAUUUUUCCUUUGUGUAAUUUACCAACACCCUUUUCUCACCCCAAGACAGUGGGGGAGUCACAACUGUAUGUUUAAGGAUGGGAUUAAAGCAUUGUGUGCUGCCCAUUCUUUCAGUGACAAUGGAUGGAGGCAGAUGGGUGAUACCGGGACGGACUGUGGGGGACAGGAAAUGGUCAGCCUGGUGUGACAGCCGUGUUGUUUUAAUCUGCACUCCAAUAAGCAUUGUUGUAAUUUGGCCACUGCUUUUGUUUCAUGUCUGUCUUAGAAGCUAGAUUAACAGAGACGCUCUUCCUGAUGUAAUUCCCAUUAGGGCUUUGAGGAUGCGUGCUUUAUGAAGCAUUAUAAAGGUUCAAAACCUCAAUCAUGGUGUCGUUUUCAUUGGCAUAGCAUAUAUUCUAAAAUAGACACUUCUUUUUCUUGAACCCAAGGAUGUGAGGUUGUUGUUUCAAGCAAACUGAAUGACCCCCUUUAGCACGGCUUGACUUGCCUGUCCAGGCUGUGAAUGGAACGGCCUUGCUGAGGAAAGCAGUUUGCAUUUAAAGGAUCAGAAGAUGCUGGAUGACUUGAAAUGAAAUGUUAUCUGUUCGUGAUGCUCAGGCUUCCAGGUCAUACUGGUCAAAAGAGAACCUAAUUGUUGGUUUGUUUCCAUAAAGCGUUCUGUCUGGCUUGGAGGUUUUGGAGGUUAUGUAGGAAGCCAGGCUGGGUUUGUACAGACACCAGAUGCCCUACUUACUUUCUAGAAACUGUAAUUUUAGUUUCUGUUGGUUAGUGUGCUGAACUGGAGCUUUGUCCAUCGGGGCUCCCAGCCUGGCCGUGCUACAGACGCACUGUGGGCAUGCUGGCUGUGCUGCGGCUCCCCGCGUGCCCCUGUGCCGGCCCCUUGGUGUGCAGGGGCUGCUGCCAGAGCUGUGGGAACUUUGCUGCUGCUGCUACUGCUGCUUUCAUGCCAGCUCACUGAGCGUUUCCCACGUAUGGAUGAGAGAGAUGAUUGUGUUAGAGUUCUGUAUGUUUUAUCAACGUCAUGCUUAAAGGAUAGGGGACAUUUAUAUCUUCCUAUCUAACAAAUAGCAAUCUCUCUGCAUGAACGGGGUAUUUUUUUGAGUUGUCUGUGUGAUGGACUUGCUUCUACCCUGUCAGAUGUUUGUGAUUGUCUCGUGCCUCUCGGAGAUCGCCGGGCAGCUCGGUGGCUCAGACGCACUCCUCAUAUGGCUGCAGCUCGGCCGUGUGCACACUGCCCUAUUGCCCGUGAGCUUGAAAUGUAUGUGGGAGAGCUUCCCUUUGUAUCACAGAAUGCAAUUUAAUUGGUGCUUGUUUGGUAGUUUGCCUCGUUAAAUUAUUUGUUUUCACUACUGAACAAAUGCUUUGUGUGCUUUCGGUGGGUCGGCAUUUUACAUAGUAUUUCCCCCUCUUUAUUCCACCCACUUCAGUGCAUUCAUUUAGCUUUUGCUGGGGUCUCGUUACUGAGAACUGAGAGAGCCUUCUGCGGGGGGCCCAGGGGAACCCUGAGUAGCUCAGCGAGGCUUUAGACAGUGAUUACUUUUCUUCAGGCUCAGACUUUGACGUGAGCUCACGUUGUAAUCAAAGCAAGUUGUACCGCAGUGUCUGAGGGUGAGCGUAAAGGAAACAGCGUAGAAGUGAGCAUGUGAGAGGGAGCGGGUGGUCUCUCCCUCCAGAGGAAAAGAUGCUGUCACUUAUCAGAGGAUAUUUGCUUCUUGAUUGCAGUGGAUGUUGCGAUACAUAGGUGGAUGUUUCUGAUUCCUGCUGAGAUACGUGAGCAGUACAGCUGCCACAUGAGUGUGGGUUUGGCCAUGUUAUAGUCUUUCAGACUUAGAUGGAUUCUGUGGUCUCAUCUAUUGCAGGGAGAGGAGGAGGGGCACCUCACGAUUCAGCUGUAAGCUUGAGUAUUUUCUGCAGGUAGGAUCAGCCUGCACCGAUGCUGUUGUUGAAAUACAAAAGGAAGCAGUGCAAGUUUGCACAUCCAGCAGGGGUUACUCCCUGCUCUGAAGAGUUCAUCUCCCAGAAGCUAAGUAAUAGGUAACAGGCAGGAUGUCAGCUGAAUGCCCUGGUUGCCAGUUUCAUAGCUGUAGAUAGCAUUGGGUCUUAUUGGAUUUAAGAAAAACUGUGUGGCAGACCCCAAUUUUGAAGUGAUCGACUUUGCGUGUAAAAUUUAAGUGGGGUUUAUGCGUGGCUUUGCAGGCAUUUAAAAUGCCCCAUACUCAGAAUCUCCUGCAAAAAUGGGAAGUGCCAUUCUACUUAGUGCUUUAGAUUUCCUGAAUCACACGAGUUUCUGAAUUAAGUAAAUGGAGAAGUCUCCUGCUGUGGAGGCAAACCAUUCCUUGGGUCAGAACAGACCUAAUUUCUGGGUUGUAAAUGGAAUGCAGUGGCAGAUAGGAAUACUGCGGUAAUCUUAUUUGGUCCCGAGUGUGAAGUGGCCCUUGAUAAAUCGAGGACUGUUUUUGUAAUGUUGUGGUAUUUAAGAUAUUAAAUGCUUUUUGAACCUCAUCUGAAAAGGAAUACUUUAGUCUUUGUCAGCUGUUAGGUCCAUUUAAUUUGGAAAAGAGGGGAGGAAGCAAUCGGUUCUGAGAUUUUCCCUUUUAAUUACAGCAUUAGGGAAGAAUUACAGCACCUUCACAACCUCUUUCUUUUCUGAGCUGCAGUGUACACAUCCCAUAAGGACUGUGCUUACAGAGAGACCCAUGGUCAGUUCUCAGAGCGCUUUGCAGCCAGAGAAGGUGGCGAAGAGGGGAAAGGGCCUUUCUGUUCCAUUAAAAAUAUAGAUAAUAAAAAUAUCUUUGGUACGUUGGAAACUGUAAAAAAAAGGGACUUAAGACAGGUGCUCAAUUCUCCACCUGACAGCUGAAUUAUUUAAUGGAGAUGAGAAGAUGUGAGAUGCAGUGUACCAGGCAUUGCUUUCUUUGUAUGUAGCCCAUGUGGGCCAUGUCUGGGGAGGGAGAUGCAGGGCUUUUAAUUUUCAAAGCUUCAAACUCACUCAUGUUGUUGUUUGAAGUGGUUAUUUUAUUAAAACAAAACAAAAACACACCGCCCAGAUGUAACUGUUCCAAAGACAACAAAUAGAAUGGGACUGAAGUUCAGGGUUCCAGCUGUAUCCUUACACAGGCACUGCUGGCUGGGUAACACCAAAUCUCCUGCUUUGAGGAUCCACAGAGCUGCUUGGAUAUUGCAUGUGAUGAGCCUAGUGUGCUGUUGGCUGACAGAAGUUGGUUAUUUUCCCUGUAAUAAUGCUCCGAGUCAAAGUGCUGUUCGUGUGGACAAGAUCCUAAUAUUGUAACUGCCUAUAAUUUGCUGUCAGAGGACAUGGUGGCCUUCGUGUGUCUUUCUUUUUUUAAUGCAUCAGCAUGCUUGUUUGAUUUUCUAUUGUAGUCACCCCUGCAACGGGCAGCAGUGCUGUAUGGUUUGUUCUUCAUAAUUAGCACACAACUGCCCAAAGGGAAAGCUGUGUGGGCAGGAGAUCGCGUUGGUCUUUAUUUUAACAGCUGGUAUUAUUGAGGGAGGGAUUCAUGGAAUGGAAAAAAAAGAGGAUGAAAAUCAGUCAACAGUUAAUCCAGAGAUACAGGCAGGCACCAGGAGAUUUACUGGGAGUUACUGCUAGAAGUGCCUUUGUUCAAAUAACUUAGGAUAAAAGAAUGGCUGUGUUAAAUCGGGGAAGUGGGAUGGUGCUGGGGAAGAGCAAAAAGUUGCAACACUGUCAACUGAAAAACCUUCCUGGAACAACAGCAACAUAUAUUUAGCUUUGUUACCAUGCUGCAACUCCUGAGGGAGGCAGCUCGGGUCUGCAGCCCGUGAUUUAUGCCGGCCCAGCAGCAGGGGAUGCACACCAGAAUCUGCCUGUUUUCCAAGCUCUUGUUUAUAACACACACAGAGGGAUGGAUCCCCGUGGGUCGGUGCAGCUCUCAGUCUGCUGCUCUGGAUACUGUCAGCAAAAACACAGUCCUUGUCCCAGUCCUCUUCCCUCAGGACAAGCAGAAGGAAGAGGACCAGUUUGACAAUUUAGAAAAGCACACGCAGUGGGGUAUUGAUGUUCUGGAAAAAUACAUCAAGUUUGUCAAGGAAAGAACAGAGAUCGAACUCAGCUAUGCAAAGCAGCUUAGGAAUCUUUCAAAGAAAUAUCAACCCAAAAAGAACUCCAAAGAAGAGGAAGAGUACAGGUACACAUCAACUAGAGCCUUCCUAGCCACUUUAAAUGAAAUGAAUGACUAUGCCGGACAGCAUGAGGUCAUUUCAGAGAACAUGACCUCUCUUAUCAUUGGAGAGUUAACUCGCUAUGUGCAGGAGCUGAAACAAGAGAGGAAAUCGCACUUCCACGAUGGCAGAAAGGCACAACAGCACAUUGAAACUUGCUGGAAACAACUUGAAGCUAGUAAAAGGCGGUUUGAACGUGACUGCAAAGAAGCUGAUCGAGCACAGCAAUAUUUUGAGAAAAUGGAUGCUGAUAUCAAUGUUACAAAAGCAGAUGUUGAGAAGGCAAGACAGCAAGCCCAGCUGAGACAUCAAAUGGCAGAAGACAGCAAAGCAGAAUAUUCUUCCACUCUACAGAAGUUCAACAGUGAGCAGCAUGAUCAUUACUACACACACAUACCAAACAUCUUCCAGAAAAUACAAGAGAUGGAGGAAAGAAGAAUUGUGAGGAUAGGUGAAUCCAUGAAAACUUUUGCAGACGUUGACCGCCAAGUGAUCCCUAUCAUUGGAAAGUGUCUGGAUGAAAUAACAAAGGCUGCAGAAUCAGUUGAUCACAAGAAUGAUUCACAAAUGGUAAUAGAAGCCUUUAAAUCAGGGUUUGAGCCUCCAGGAGAUGUUGACUUUGAGGACUUCACUCAGCCCAUGAAGCGGACUGUCUCCGAAUCCAGCCUUUCCAACUCCAGAGGGGAUGGGAAGUAUGAGCCGAAGUUUGGUGGCAAAUCCAAGGGCAAGUUAUGGCCAUUCAUCAAGAAAAAUAAGCUUAUGUCCCUUUUAACAUCCCCCCAUCAGCCCCCUCCUCCUCCCCCUGCCUCUGCCUCACCCUCUGCUGUUCCCAACGGCCCCCAGUCUCCCAAGCAGCAAAAGGAACCCCUCUCCCAUCGCUUCAACGAGUUCAUGACCUCCAAACCCAAAAUCCACUGCUUCAGGAGCCUAAAGCGCGGGCAGACACAGUCUUUGUAUUUUCACAAAGAACUCAUGAAGAGGACUUUAGGGACACCCACGUGUGCCAUUGAGGCUAGGGAAUACGUUCUUUCUCUCAAGCUGAUAACUCUGAAUACGCAGGUCUGGAGUCUAAUAGAGGGAGCAGGGCCAGAGGACUUCAGCAAUCUCCCACCUGAACAAAGAAGAAAGAAACUUCAGCAAAAAGUGGAUGAGCUCAACAAAGACAUUCAGAAGGAGAUGGAUCAAAGAGAUGCCUUAACAAAGAUGAAAGAUGUGUAUAUCAAGAACCCACAGAUGGGAGACGCAGCGAGUGUGGACCACAGAUUAUCAGAACUUGAACAGAACAUUGAAAAGCUACGAUUAGAAGUGCAGAAAUUUGAGGGCUGGCUGGCCGACGUGGAGGGCAGGUUGCCCGCACGGACUGAGCAGGCCCGGCGGCAGAGUGGGCUGUAUGAAGCCCAGAACACAUCAGCAGUGAACAGCUGUGCACAGGACCGGGAGAGCAGCCCGGAUGGCAGUUACACAGAAGAGCAAAGUCAGGAGACUGAGAUGAAAGUACCCGCAACAGAUUUUGAUGAUGAAUUUGAUGAUGAAGAACCACUACCAACCAUAGGAACGUGUAAAGCUCUCUAUACGUUUGAAGGUCAGAAUGAAGGAACAAUUUCUGUAGCAGAAGGAGAAAUGCUCUAUGUAAUAGAAGAAGACAAAGGUGAUGGGUGGACACGAAUCCGAAGGAACGAAGAUGAGGAGGGCUAUGUCCCUACGUCUUAUGUUGAAGUCUAUUUGGACAAAAAUGCCAAAGAUGUGUACAAAUCCCUUCAGAAAAUCUCUGAGUAGGUUUGCAUAGGCCUGUUCACCUUUUGUUCUACGGGUUUGCUGCUACGGUUGUUUUAAGAGAUCUAUUUCAGAAGGUUUUCUGUAGAAGAGAUGAAUGCACGUGGCGUGUCUCCAUCAAUGCAGGACUCUGUUAGGUGCCACUCGCUCAGCUGAUGCAUGUAUAAGUUCUCCUUGCAAUUUAAACGUGCAUCGCUGCCGAUGGAAGUGCUGCCCCAUGGCAUGAACUUAGUUGUAAACAGCAGUAUUGUCCUUCCUGAUACCAGUGGGGGCUGACGCAGUGCAUUCCCUUUGCAGUGCAUUCAGGAAACUGUUAGAAAUGCUAAAAACGUUCAGACUGAGAACUGGAUCUGUCAGAUAUGUGCUUGUGCUUCGGGGCUUGCGCCGACCUCUCCCUGCCAGGGGAUGAGGAGGAGCACUGCUGGGGGCUCAGCUGGUGUAGCUUAUUGCAGGGCUUUCGUGCUCUGGCAGGUGCUGGUGCUGGAACCAGUUGGACCUUUGUGCUCAAGACUGACCAUCCUGUGUUAUUAAAUGUGGUACCUCACAAUCUGCUUGGGAGCAAAGCCCUCUUUUAAAUGUGAUACACAGAACUUGGAUGAAAUAAUUGUCAGAUAAACUCUGGUGGCACCCAGCAGAAAAGCCACGCUUGCUGCCCGCAGAGGGGCUGGCUGCUGGGGGACCUGAGCGGUAGGGACUGUUGUGUAAAGUUAUGCUUCUGGGAGAGGGAAGAACAAAGCAUGAGUUUGGAGCCACGUGAGCAUGGCAGCUCCUCUGCCCACGGCAGCUCCUCCUUCCCUCCGCAACCCCCAGCUCCACAAGCAGCCCUGGUUGGUGGGCAGCUCAGUGCUCUGCUGUGUGCUGGAACCACCGCAGCGAGCCUUGGCUUGCACAGAGCAAUAGGUGGAAGUUAACCAUGCUGAUGCACUUUUGAUCUAGGAUGGAUGUGAUUAUUUAAUGCUUGCCAAAUCCUUUAGGAACUGGUAAUUAAUUAGCAACUGGACUGUGGCUUUUAAAAGAAUCUUUGUGUUAAAUACUCGUCCUUAGUUCUCCCGGUAUUAAAAAUAUGUAUAUAACAUAACUUAAAAACUAAAGUUACUUGAAUUUAAAUCGUUUUUAUCAUUUUAUAUAUAUAUAUAUAUAUAAAUAUAAAUGGUUUUAUAGGUUGUUGUUCUGCUUAACUUAGCUGUUGUUUUGAUAACUGUUCGGUCCUUAUGCUGAUAAGCCUUCUUGGUUCCUCAGCUGUCUGCAUCUGGUUGGAACUGCAUAGGAACUUUCGUUUGGUGUUCAAGUCUGUUAAGUCUGGCCAGUGUGGUUGUUCCAUUUCUAUUCUUAGUUUUUAAAGAAUCAUCCUCUGUCAGAAAUCUCUUUAUAGCUUCAUGUACCACGGUGUCUUCUUCUAAUAAACAUUAUAUUUUCUCA